UAGAGGAGUUCGAAGUUAUCAUACCCAUUCUCGUUGUUUGCACGUAUCGUUACCGAACAUUGCGUAAAAUUUUUGCGAAUAAAUAAUCAGUUGGGGGUUUCGAAAAGAAACACCGUAAUUUGCAAGUUAGUCUACUGCCAACGGUCUGCACGUACAGUUGCAAAUAAAUCGAAGGUUUGUACAUUUCGAGACAAGUGGCUCAAGAAUUGCUGAGUCCAAUUUGACAGCUUUGUUACAUUGUGUCAUGUAAAAGCUGCGUGAACGCACGAAAAUCAUACUUCAUCGUUGCGCCGAGAGAAUAAAAAUACUACAUUAAAAUAAUGGCCGAUGGAGACCAGAUGAAAAAAGUCGAUCUUUCAAAGGACAAAGUCUCUGCCAUUCAGCGAGAGUACAUGAAACGAGUGCAGAAACAGAACGACGAACGCGUAGCUCAGUGGCGUGGAAUUCGCACGAGGAACCGCUUCAUCGGGGUUGGCCUCGGCUGCAUGGUGGCAUCCAUCUACGCUUACAGUAUGAUAGCUAUCAAACAGGAAUCAUUUUUGGAUGACUUCAAUGAGCCAGAAAAAGUCGUCGUCGAGAAGUAGAUUAGUGUCCAAGGUUUUCGUUUAAUAAUUUGCUCAUAGCGCACGAAUUCUAAUUCACCCCCUAGCAGUUUUUUUUUAUUAAUUAUUUGUAGUUUUAUUUUAUU